AUGAUUAGCUUCUCACGACCACCUCCCGAUCAGGAAUUGUCCAGGAGGCGCUCUGCGAGGAGGAAGUCCAGGUCCGGGAGCCGCUCGGCGAGGAGGAAGUCCAGGUCCGGGAGCCGCUCGGCGAGGAGGAAGUCCAAGUCCAGGAGCCGCUCUGCGAGGAGGAAGUCUAGGUCAAGGUCAGCCCACCGGUCCUCCCGGAGAACCCGCUCACGCUCGGCGUCGCGUGGCCGCAGGAGGCCCCCCUACAGCCAGAGGGACCGCUGGAAACGCGAGCCCAGCCGCUCCCCCGUUCUCAUCCUGCGCAAGAAGCGGUCGCCUCCGAGGAAGGAGCGCAGCGCCAGCCCCAAGCGCAUCAGUGAACUGGAUAAGGAGCAGCUCCUGGAAAUAGCCAAGGCCAACGCCGCCGCCAUGUGUGUGAAGGCCGGCAUGCCCGUCCCCGCCAGCCUCAGGUCGGCCAUGCUGCCUCUGGCGCUGCCCGGCGUAGCCAUGAACGCUGCCAUGGCCAGCAUGACCGCCGCUUCUGUGACGGCGGCGCUGUCCAACAUUGGAACUCUGUCCUCGCUGCUGCCGGUGCCCUCUGUCAGUAACAAGCCCGUCCAGGCCAACAUGGCCGCCCUGGAGGAAGUGAAGAGGAAAGUGGCAAAGCAGGCUAACAGUAUUAGCAUUAAGGAGUUUACUGAUGUAAGAGCCUGGAUCAGAUGCUUUCUAAAUGUGUUUAAAGUUUGGUCCUAUAUGUUAAAAAAAAUAAUUAUUAAUUAUUUUAGGACUGGAGGGUUUUGGCUGAAGAUGAUUUCCCACAGAUACAACAAUCAAAAUGAGAAAAAUGGGUUUUAUAACUUUGAAAUGCUUUUGUUUUUCUGUCACCGUCAGAGCACGACGGUGCGCCCGUCGGCGUGGAGCGACGUAGACAUGGCCAAGGAGUUUCCUGUGUCGUCAGGGUCCCAGCAUCGUAAGAAGGAGGGCGAGGGAGUGGUGGCCUAUGGAGAGUGGGUUCCAGUGGAGAAGACGGCUGAGAAAGCCACUUUUCCUUCCAAGAAGGCCCCCCCAGCGCCGUGUGACGCGGCUGUGGCGGAUCCAGGGUUAGCAGACGUCGGCGAGCAGCAGCCACCGCCGCUUCCCGACAGCGACAGCGUGUUCCCGGAAACACGGCAGCAGCCCGUGGACAUCUCCCAGGCCGUGACGGAGCGAAUCAAAGCUCAGAGGCGAUUGGCUGAGAACCCCUAUGACAUCAGCGCCAUUUGUAUGCUGAGCCGCGCGCAGGAGCAGGUGGACGCAUGGGCUCAGUCCAGUAACGUUCCUGGUCUGUUCACUGGUUCUACUGGAGCUCAGGUUCUUAGCUCAGAGGAGCUGUCCACCAGCGGACCGCAGGCCUGGCUCAAGAAGGACCAGUUCCUAAGGGCGGCUCCGGUGUCGGGGGGUGUCGGUGAGUUCCUCAUGAGGAAGAUGGGCUGGAGGACGGGCGAGGGCUUAGGGAGGAACCGCGAGGGGACGGUGGAACCCAUCGUCAUCGACUUCAAAGUGGACAGAAAAGGUCUUGUUGCUGAGGGAGAAAAGCCACAGAAGCAAACAGGAGGGCUGGUUGUUACCAAGGACCUGAUGGGGAAGCACCCGGUCUCCGCUCUCAUCGAGCUGUGCAACAAGAAACGGAUCGUGCAGCCGGACUUCGUCAUGGUCAACCACAGCGGCCCAGAUCACCGCAAGAGUUUCCUCUUCAAGGUGACGGUGAACGGCGUGGACUACCAGCCGCAGACCGCCAGCCCCAAUAAGAAGCACGCCAAGGCAAUGGCCGCCACCGUGGCCCUGCAGGCCCUGGGAGAGGUUCCCGUAGACGGACCUGGACUGUAUACCGGCCCGGUCUUCACUGCCGCCUCUACCGGCCCUCUUUUCUCCACGUAGAGCUGCUUCCUGUUUCCUGUUCCGCCUGGAACCGAGCCGCUCGGCUGAUUGUAUUGCAUGUCCCGUGCGUUUGUAAGUUCUGUAAAUAUGUACAGCGAGUCUCGUUUGAAUCUUUUCUCAGUCCAGACUAGCGGAAGCCUUCUAGCCUCCUGAUGUUGCAGUUUUAUCCUCCGAGGCUUUUAAAGAUGAUCAAUGCCUUCAUUCUGAUGUUAUGCAAACUGAAAUAAAGAUUUUAUUUAUGUAACCUGGUCAGUAACCUUCAGCCUUGAGUUUUCUGGGUGGAAAUAUAAAGAAAAACUAGAGGGAGACGCUGAGGGUGGGAAGAAACGUCGAGAACGGCCACCAGAAUGCAGAAUGGAUGUACGGCUGCUGACCUACGGACCUACUGAGACCACCUUCAGCCGAUCCGACCCACGGCUGGUCUUCUGUGAUUGAAGUUAGCGGUUUUCCAGGAGGAACUAGUUUCUGGGGGUGCAGCAGAGGCUGCUUUUUAUUUAUGAGGAACCGUCCUGUUUCUGAACGGCUCUAAAAG